CGAUAUUAAACGAAGGUGUACGAUGAUUACGAAUUCAUGGCCGACAAAAGAUGUCAGGAAUAAACAAUGAUGCGAAGAUCUACAUCAUGAUUUCUCGAACUUCUGUUGAAGUUAGGAGAUGAGUUCAAAGGAGCAGCCAAAUGAGGGUUUAAAUGAUCGAGAUGUUGAAUUUUACUAUCGACCAGGAGGAAAAAGAACAGAUGGGUUAAAGGCAGCAGAUAUUGUGCCCAUCCUGCGAGAGCGGGUGGCGUAUCUCUCAGGUGGAAGGGACAGACGGGGAGGUGCUAUCCUGACAUUUCCUUCCCUCACCCACCCAGAAAGACUUGAUACAGAUGACUUGAGACGCCUCAUGACCUAUUUGGCUAGUGUUCCUAGCAAUGAAGUACGAGAGAGAGGCUUUACCAUGAUCCUUGACAUGAGAGGAUCAACAUGGCAAAUAGUCAAACCCAUAUUAAAAGUACUGCAGGACUGUUUCCCUGACAGUAUAAAUAUUGCUUAUAUAAUCAAACCAGAGAAGUUUUGGGAGAAGAAGAGAACUAGUCUGGGAAGUGCCAAAUAUAACUUUGAAACAUGUAUGAUCUCAGUGGAUGGCUUAUCAAAGUUCAUUGAUUGUUCACAACUGACCCGAGAAUUUGAGGGCAGUCUAGAGUAUAAUCAUGAACAGUGGAUACAGUUGAGAUUGAUGCUAGAAGAAUUCAUUUGGAAAGCUUUAGAUCUGCUUGACAAGUUGGAUGACCUUGGUGAGAUUUUGACCAAUCCUGAGCUACCAGAGGAAUUGAGUGGUGCCCAGUACCGCCUAGAAGAACACAACCACCUGAAGAGAAGGGUUCAGAUGGCCCCUGUGGAGCAGCUGGCAAUGGAGGGUCACAGAAUACUUCAGGAAAUUACUGGGGAGGGACAACAACAAGGUCGGAGAUUUGUGAUUUCAGGAACAGCUGAUUUUCAGAGUUCUGUUCCUCAGAUCUCACAGCUUCUGGACAGGAUGCAUGGCACCAAACAGCAUCUGAAUCAGCUGUGGCAGGUCAAACGACUCAGGCUGGAACAGUGUCUACAACAGAGGAUUUUUGAGGAAGAUGUUGAGAAGAUGUUUGAUUGGAUAUCCAACAACAGAGAUCUAUUCCUAGUCAAUUACACAGAAAUAGGGAACUCCCAUCAGAUGGCAGUAGAGCUGAACAGUGAACACACACAGUUUGCUAACAGUGCUGUGAAUGUUUAUGUAAACAUUAAGAGAAUACUUGGAAUGGCACAGCGUUUGUGUGAUGCUGGACAUUAUGCAUCCAACACAAUUCGCAUGCAGGCAGGACAACUAGAAAGGGAGUGGAAAAGCUUAGCAGCAGCAGUGGAGGAUCGAAGUGUGGUGUUAAACAUGUCAGUCAACUUCUACAAAAAGGCAGAGCAGUACUUGGCCCAGGUGGCAGGCUGGAGACAGGCUUGUGAAGAUGACCAUCUUCCUGCUGAAAUUGAAGAAUUGGAGCUAGCCCUACAUCAGCAUCAGAAUCUCACAGAAGUCAUCUCACAAUGUUAUACUGAUGUUUGUAGAGACGGGAAACAGCUGUUGGAGACAUUACAGACACCGGUGACCUCUAGCAGCAUCAACAGUAUUACAGCCAAGGCAGACUACUCUGAAGCUUCUGGCCAUGUGCUAGAUGUCAUCCAUGAUGUUUUAGCCCACCAGCGACACUUAGAACAAAUGUGGCACUCUAAGCGGGUCAAGCUUCAUCAGAGACUGGGUCUGAGGUUGUUUCAACAAGACGUCAAACAGGUCAUAGACUGGUUAGAAAACCAUGGAGAUGUCUUUUUGAAGAAAAAUACCUCAAUUGGUCGAAGUUUACAAAGAAGCAAAGCUUUACAGAAGAGUCACCAACAUUUUGAAACCGUUGCUAAAAAUACCAUCACCAAUGCAGACAAGCUGUUGUCGGCAGCAGAUGAGCUGGCCCACACUGGGGAAUGUGAUCCCAAGGAAAUCUAUAGGGAGGCCCAAGAUCUACAACAGAGGAUGGGGAAUUUUCUUACUUCCCUGGAGAGGCGCAAGGCUACCAUACAAAUGGCGGUGGACUUUUAUACACAUGUUCAUGAGUUGACAUCCUGGUUAGAAGAUCUACAGCAGGAGUUACAGAGUUCUGAGAUUGCUGACACUGUAGAGGGCGCUGAACAACUACUGGACCAGUUUAAUCAGCAAAGGGAGAUAACCAUAGAAUCGGCCAUAAACACAGUUAGUGAGGGAGAAAAUCUGCUGGAAGAAAUAAGGGUAUUCAGUGCUGAACCUGACAAAAUUAACCAGAAUGCUGAUUACACUCAUAUAGAAGGUGUUCUAAGACAAUUGAAUGACAGCAGGACACAGCUAGAAGAAUUGUGGGCCAACAGAAAGAUGAAGUUGGACUUGUGUUUACAACUCAGGCUUUUUGAAAGAGAUGCUUUAGAGGUAUCCUCCCAGUUGGAACUUUGGGCGGAGGAACUCCAGCAUCAGGAUCUGAUGUCAGACGGAGCCAAAUCCGAACAACAACUCCAGAUUCAUAACGACAGCGUGCUUCACAUGCAGAACUGUACUUAUGAUGUUCUACAGAGGGGACAGGAUAUAAUCCAGAUAUUUGAGAGCAGUGGGAUCCAGCUGAUGGCCGACACUCAGUACGAUGCUCCCUCCAGGAUCCAGGCUCUGAUGGAGUACCUCAGGGAACGGGAACUUGACCUAGAGACCAUAGCCGAGACCAAGAGACAGAGGUUGGAACAAGGGGUACAGCUACAGAAUUUUGAGGUGGAGGCCAGACAGGUGAUCUACUGGAUAGAGAACGGGAAGUCAAUGUUGGUUAGCAGCUUUAUUUGUCCUAAUUCCUUAAUGGAGGCAGAUCAGCUUAGGAAGGAACAUGAGCAGUUUAUGUUAGCCAUUGAGAAAACUAAUAUAAGUAUGGCUCAAGUGACAAACCGAGCUGAGAGUAUGAUCCAGAACAACCAUUAUAACUCAGACUUGGUGAGAGCAAUAGCAGAGAACGUGACCGUCGCCUGGCAACAGCUGAUGUACCACACAGAGGAGAGACAUAAGUUAGUGAUGGCCUCAAUGAACUGGUACAAAACUGCCGAACAGGUAUGGUCUGUGUUGGAGAGCCUUGAGAGAGACUACAGGAGAGAUGAAGACUGGUGUUCUAAUGAGCGAGUCGCAGCUCAAGACAAGGCCGCCUAUCUCCUACAGCUCAUUAACAAACAUAAUGAACAGAAAGAGGCUUUUCUUAAGGCUUGUACACUGGCCAGGAGAACCGCUGAGGCUUUCUUGAAGUAUGUCAACAGGAAUCUGUACACGUUUGGUACACAGAUCAAGUACAGAACUGUAGAUCCAGGAAAACAUGUCAAAGCUUGCCUGGAUCAGUUGCUCCAUCAGGAGAAUCAUGUGAUAGAGAACUGGACUGUGAAGAAGAGGAAGUUAGAACAGUGUCAUCAGUAUGUCCUGUUUGAACAGAGCGCUAGACAGGCCAUAGAUUGGAUAUGUGACUAUGGAGAGUCUUACCUAGAUAGUCACAAAACUCUGGGUGCAAACCAACAGGAAACGGAGGCAUUACUGAAGGAACACUAUGAAUUCCGAAGUAGAGCCAAGGAGACAAAAGAAAGUGUCAAUUUACUUCUUCAGCUUGCUGAUGGAUUUGUAGCUAAGGGUAAUUUACAUGCAGCUAGCAUCAGACAAUGGUGUAAUGCAGUGGACAAGCGGUACAAGGACUUCUCCUCACGCAUGGAUAAAUAUAGACACAAGUUAGAAUCAAAGCUUGGAGUCCAGGAACAGGUGCCUGAACCUAAAGAAAAAGAGGAACAGAGACACAGUGAUUCCUCCCUGGAAGAUAAGGUCCUGAACCAGGCUCCAAAGGAACUGACGGAAGAGAAACGCAGAUCAGCCAGGAAAAGGGAGUUUGUGAUGGCUGAACUUUUACAAACUGAAAGAACAUAUGUUAAAGAUUUAGAAGUUUGCAUCAAGACUUACCUGAGUGAAGCUAUGGAGCCAGAUAACAAUGUCCCAUUUGGUAUAUAUGGGAAACAUAAAGUCAUUUUCUGUAACUUGGAAGAAAUUUAUGACUUCCAUAAAAAUAUAUUUUUGAAAGAAUUGGAGAAAUAUGAGACUAUUCCAGAAGAUGUUGGCCAUUGUUUUGUCACUUGGGCUGAGAAAUUCUCUAUUUAUGUGACCUACUGUAGAAACAAACCAGACUCAAACCAGCUGCUUGUGGAACAUGCUGGCUCAUUUUUUGAGGAGGUACAGGCCAAACACAAGCUGAAUGAGCCUCUAGCUUCUUACCUGAUCAAACCUGUACAAAGAAUCACCAAGUAUCAACUGCUGCUCAAAGAUCUGCUGUCCUGUUGUGAGGGUCACAAUGGGGAAAUCAAGAACUCUUACAAUAGUUUAAGAAAAGCCAUCAAGACAAAAGACUCACUGAGGUACUAUGAACUCUUGGAUGGGUUAGAGGUCAUGAUGAAUGUCCCCAAGAGGGCAAAUGAUGCCAUGCAUCUGAGUCUACUGGAAGGAUUAGAAGAGAAACCUGAAGCCCUGGGGGAUGUUUUCCUCCAGGAUCAAUUUACUGUGUGGGACCCUAAACAGUUGAUUAAGAAGGGAAGAGACCGUCACUUGUUCCUGUUUGACAUGUGUGUGAUUUUGUCCAAAGAGAUGAAGGACAGCAAUGGCAAGGCUAAAUAUCAGUACAAGUUCAGGCUUAUGAUAUCAGAUAUUAACAUCACAGAACAUAUCGAAGGUGAUGAGACCAAGUUUGCCCUGUGGACUGGGAGAGUGCCUAUCUCAGACUACAGAAUCAUCCUUAAAGCCAAAGACCUGGAUACCAAACAAAACUGGGUCAAGAAAGUCCGUGAGUUAAUGACGGAGAGAAUGCAAUAUAUACCCAAGGCCUUGAAGGAUAAGCCAGCCAUGCUGUUCAAACCCACUACCAUCAAGCCACUCCAGGCUACCAAGGCACAGCUUCUUGCUUUCCCAAAGAGGGAUAUAGAAGAUGUGUCGUUUGAUGACUCUCUACCUAUCGAGAGAAGAGGAUCUCUAACCUCAAUGAUCUCCAUGACAACCACCAUGACAACAGACAGCAGUAGUAGUGGAGGAGAAACUGUUAGGGGUGAUGUGACCAUUGUUUUGGAGGAUUACUCUGCUGGAAACAACUCGGAGGUGACAGUGACUAAAGGCCAGCAUGUAGAAAUUCUUGACCCAACACCAAAAGGGGAACCAAACUGGUGCCUAGUGAGGGUGCUGAACAUGGAGGAUGGAGAACCAACUGAGGGACUGGUUCCCAUUUCUUCUCUUAAACCCAUACCUGCUCUCAAACAGCACGGAAAUCGGGACAGUAUGGGAGAAGAGGAUAUGGAGGGAUCUACCGCUAGCACCUCCCCUAUUCCAAAACGACGGGCUGCCAGCUUCAAAAAAUGGUUAACAGCACCAAAACGUGUCAGUCAGAGCAAGUUACCUGGCCCCCCAGUAUCAGAGAACAAACCUAGACUGCCAAUUAAACCUCUGCUGAAUAGAAAACUGGAACAGGGAGAACAGGAAGUGAUAACGGCUACUAAUGCUGUCCCCACCCAGGCUCCAAGACCCCUACCCCUCAAAGCCAAUGUAUCCCCAGAUACUUCAAUGGAGGCAGAAGGGGACAGGUCCCCAGAUGAUACAGAAGAAAUUGCAAUGCCCCCACCAAUGCAACCAUUUGAUUCACAUCCUUUGAUUACAGAAGGGAACCCUGCUUCUAUUGGACCAGCUUCAGCAGCUACCAUGGAGAAAAUGUUUAAAGAUAUGGAUAUCAACAAUGGUGACAAAGAGGACACAGGAGGACAGGGAUCCUCGGAAUUAGGAGGAGGAGAAGGGGAGACCGAGUCCAAUCAGGAGGCAGAGAAAGAAAAGAAUGUCACGAAACGCAGAUUUGUGAUGCAGGAAUUAUUAGACACAGAAAAUGACUAUGUCAAAGACCUGGGUCUUGUUGUAGAUGGUUAUAUGAAAUACAUGAAAGAAAAUCCCAUCCCUCCUGAUAUGGAGGGCAAAGACAAAAUUGUGUUCGGAAAUAUUCACCAGAUCUAUGAAUGGCACAAAGAAACGUUUUGUAAGGAAGUGGAAAAGUGUGUUGAUGAUGCGCAAAAAUUAGGAACACUUUUUACAAGAUAUGAACGGCGUCUGCACAUGUAUGUAAAGUACUGUGAAAAUAAACCCAAAUCAGAGUUUAUUGUGGCAGAAUUUAAUGACACAUAUUUUGAGGAGAUCAGACAGAAGUUGAAACAUCGUCUUCAGCUUUCAGAUCUUCUUAUCAAACCAGUCCAAAGAAUUAUGAAAUACCAACUCUUGCUCAAGGACAUACUCAAAUACACAGAGAGAGCUGGAGAAUCAACAGAUUCACUUAAAAAAGCUCUCCAUGUGAUGCAUGUGAUCCCUAAAGCUGCCAACGACAUGAUGCAAGUGGGAAGACUUCAGGGCUUUGAUGGAAGAAUUACAGCUCAAGGGAAGCUACUCUUACAGGACACACUGAUGGUAGCCGAGGUUGAAAAGAAUAAAACAGACCACAAGUUCAAAGAACGACAUGUGUUUUUGUUUGAUCAGAUCACAAUAUUUAGUGAAAAGAUUGAAAGGAAAAAAGGAAAUUUCUCUAAUGCUAACUACAUUUACAAAAACAGUAUAAAGACAAACCAGAUGAUGAUGGAGCCUAAUAUACCUGAUGAACCCCUUCGGUUCAUGCUGACAGACCGGUCCCCUGGUUCUGAUGCUAAAUACCUCAUUCAAUGUCCUAAUGAAGAAGUCAAAAACAACUGGGUCUCUAGUCUCAAGUCCAUAUUAGAUAUGCAGGGCUUCUUCACUAUGGCUAUUACUAAUCCCACAAAAAUGCAGUCAACAGAUUUGUCUUCUCCUGACAUCUCAACAAACCCUUCCAAAGAUUAUUCCUUGCACAAAUCUAUUUCUCAACCUCACCCUAAAAGUAAAACCAAUGGGACGAUGGGGUCCCCCAACAGCACAGCCAGAUCUCAGUCUGUUCCAGGUCAGUCAUCAAAACCAGACCUUGAGGAGUACACAGAUGACUCACUCCAGAAGUCUCCUGCCAAAUCUGACAAAGGAGAUUGUUCCCCGAAACCAAAGAAAUCUGAAGGACACAAGUAUAAAAAAUCAAACAGUGACUCUAUGUAUUCAGGAGAACUUGAGAACAAUGACCUUGGUGGGUCAAGGACUUCUGAAGGUUCUAGUAAUCAUGUCAACAGCAUGGAUGAUCAGCAGCCAGUGGGAAACCUGGUACAUAUUGGAAAGGUUCUGUAUGACUACCUGGCGGUCAAAGAGGAUGAAAUCUCAGUGUCACGUGGGGAAAUUGUCCAAGUUGUAUGUUCCAAUCAACAGAGCAUGUUCCUAGUAUAUCGGCCCGCCAAUACGCACUCCCCAGCUGCCGAGGGCUGGAUACCCAUGCAGGCGAUAGGUCCGAAGGAUGACAGCAGUCUUCGGAAAAGUUCUUGGCAACUAUUCAAAAUGAAAAUGCAGGGAUUGAGACCUGAAAGGAAAGUACCAGAAGCAAAUCAACCAGAGAGGAAAUGUAAAACUUUACCCCGAGCCAACGAACGAGAAAAGAAAAUCUGGUCUCAUGACCUUCUGUAUGAAAUGGUGCCUUCGGUUCUACAACCACUGACGCCAAUCACGGUCCAGGCCGGGGACACCGCGGUACUUACCUGUAGAAUCUGUGGCAGACCCCGUCCUGAUAUCAAAUGGGCUUUCCAGAAUAGUACCUCCGUAAUCCCAGGACAGCGCGUUCAUGUAAUUAGUAAUGAAGAUGGAUUCGUAACCCUUACGAUGAAAAACAUUUCCUUAGCAGAUAGCGGUGAAUAUUCAUGUACAGCAUACAGUGAACUAGGUUCAGUUACAACCAGCACUCAUGUAACGGUUCUCUAUCGACCAGAACCACCUGGAAAACCAGUUAUACGUAACCAAGUGGGAGCAUCCGUUCAUUUAGAAUGGCCCCCUCCCCCAACACCAGUGUCAGGUGGUCAGAUUCAGGGAUACACAAUAGAACUAAGGGAGAGGGAGAUGGCUAUGUGGCAAGCCGCCAUUCCAUAUGUACCCAACACGUCACAGGUCAUAGGUGACCUAGUGGCAGGGUGCGCGUAUCAGUUCCGAGUCAGCUCAAAUAAUAGUGUGGGCAUGAGUGAACCCAGUGUCGAAUCGGAUUUUAUCAUCAUUCCGCAAGAAAACGAGUUGUUGGAGAAAGAAGAUGGAGCCAUGGCUAUCUGGAAGACAACGUACGAUACAGAUUACAAAGAAGUGGAAGAAAUCGGAAGAGGGAGAUUUGCUGUUGUUAAGAAAUGCUUACAGAAGUGUUCAAACCAAUAUGUGGCUGUUAAAUACCUGAAUAGACGACAGACGCGGAAAGAAGAUGUGGAGAUGGAAUUUAACAUACUCCAGACUCUGCAGCACGAAAAUCUCGUGCAGUUGUACGAUCUUUACGAGACGGCCAGUUAUCUGCUCAUUAUCAUGGAAUAUUUGGAAGUAGGAAGGCUAUUUGAGUUCAUCUGUCAGAGGCAGAUAUUUGACGAGAUCGAGGCUGCAGACUAUAUCCGCCAGCUGUUUGCGGCCCUUCAGUACCUUCACAAUUGCAGGAUUAUCCACCUUGACGUCAAGCCGGAGAAUUUGAUGGUUCAGAACGUGAUGGGAUCCGCCUGUGUUAAGCUGAUUGACUCGGGGGAUGCUAGGAUCGUGUAUAAUAAUCACUAUAUCCAUCAUUAUGUUGGUAGUGCGGAAUUUAGAGCCCCCGAAAUUAUUCGUGGGCAAGCCGUUUCCACACUCACUGAUAUAUGGAGCGUUGGUGUCGUUCUGUAUGUACUGCUGAGUGGUGUGUCACCGUUUCUUGAUGAGAGCCAGGAAGAGACUUGCGCAAACAUCAUCAAAAACGACUUCUGUUUUCCAGAAGAAUACUUCUCAGAAAUCUCAAACGAAGCUAUAGAUCUCAUCAAAGUUAUGUUGGUGGAUCACAUUGAAUCAAGGCCGUCUGCUCAAGUUUGUUUGGAAAGCCUAUGGAUUCACCGAGCGUCUAUACCUAGGUCAUCUGCGUCCAGACCAAAGCCUAUAGCAACAAACCGCCUUGUAGAUUUUAUAGAAAGGAAAAAACUGCAGGGUGAGGCUUGUUUAUGGACUUCCAUUAACUGACCGACAGGUGCAUGAUGUGAUAAUAAGAAAUAACAGAGUGUUUAAAAAGUUCUCAAUACGAUUAAAGCUUAUGAAUGUAUAAUGUGAUUAUCUUAAGAUGCAUAUAUUUAUUACCUCAUUAUUUCUUAUUGUAAAUAAAAUUUUAUGUUGAAUUA